GUGUUCUAAAUUUUAGUAUAACAAUCAAAUAAUGGCUCCCGCGGAUUUUAAAAAGUGGUAUGCCAAGGUUAAAUAUCAAAAUGGCGAUGUUAAAGAUGUUUCAGUUCGUAAAAUUAAAACUAAAGAUGGUAACCAGUUCUUUCCCAAAAACUACAAAAACUUCAACGCCAAUGUUUUAUAUACUGUAAAAACAGCAACGAACGAUAAAGAAGGAAAAGAACAAAGAUACUAUGCCUGGAUUGGCAGGCUUGCAGGAAGUGUUGAAGAAUUAAACGAUACCAAUAAGAAAAUUAUUAGUUGGCCUGCAUGGCCUGCAGAUAUGAUCCAUGAUGAACCCGACAACACUUCCCAUGAUGAAAAACAACAAGUGAUAGCAUCUUCCUCAAUUUUAGCCCAUCAACGAAAAGCGGUAAAACUUAAACCAUUUGAGCAUUUUAAAAAU